AUGGCGCAAAUCCCAGCCGCGGCGCCCGCCCUCUCAGACCUCAUCUUCCCCACGACGGCAAACCACAACUUUUCCCACAUCCUCACGGACCUCAAGCGCGCCAACCUCUCCAUCGCCAACCGGCUUCGCUCCAUCACGCAGGACGCCGAAUUCGUCAAGGAUGUGGCCGCGAGUUUCGGUCGUCCGCUUGUGGCGAACGAGCGCUGCGGGAGCUGGUAUAUUCGGCCUGCGGAGAAGAGGGCGAGCGCGUACUUUAAGAGUACGGAUGGGCAUACGAAUGCGUGGAAGUUUAGUACGCGCAGGUUGAAUUUGCAUUUGCUUGAGCUUGUUGGGAGGCAUGAUGGCUGCAUCAUCGUAGAUUCAACUCGCCGAGGCAAGAGAAUGCCAGACGCCCUAAGCAAAACAAUACCAGUCUGGUGCGCCGUCCUCAACGCAGCCCUCUUCCCAGACCUCGCCCUCGACCCGGCGCGGCAGAAGCAUCUCCGCCUCUUUACCCCUCCCAACGUCGUCUCCGCCUCAGAGCACGCCCAAAUCGCCGCCCUGCUCCCAUCCUUCCUCGCUUCCCUGAAGAGUCUCGACCUCGACCUGCCAGCUCUCCGCGCGCACAUCUCCAAGCCCCUGCGCCCGUUUUGGGUCACGCAGGAGACGCAGCUUCCGUCGUCGACUACGUCUGCGGGCGACGAUGGCAAUGCCGAGAAUGGGAAUGUGGUCUUUGAAGACUACCACCCCAUUAUAUGCUGCACCUCCUCCCGCCGCGUCGCCGGCACGGAAAUGAGCGAGGCGGGGUACAUCCAAGGCGCCGGCGACGAUACAGAGAACUGGGCUCUAGGUCUGACUGCAGAAGUCUUCUGGGAGAAUGCCGCGGCUUUGCUCUCGUGCCCCGAGGCUGAUUUACCGGAGCUGGUCGUUCGUCUCGUCGCGGAGGGGAAGAGAAAUGCGCCGAGGGGGGUGCAGCCGAAGCAAGUCGCGCCGCGGAUCUACGUCUCUCCGUUGCCUCUGGACGAUGGUCAAGACAACAAUAGCGGUAGUGAUACGGAUGCUGCGUCCGCGGGUGCGGGCGCGUGCAGAGUCGUACUGACACAGGACGUCACGGCGCGGGAGUCGUGGGUGAAAUCCCCGACGUACAUGCAAGUCGGCCUCGGGAAGCACAAGGUCGCGAGCCGGAAUCUCCGGCAGGCGUUGCCGGAUAUCUGUGCCUUUGUCUCGGGGUACCUCGAUUCGCAUCGAGAUGUAAAGGGCGCAGAUGGCACUGAUGGCGACAGCAACAGCGACGGCAGCGUCCUCGUGGCUUGCGAGACGGGUAAGGAUCUAUCCAUUGGCGCCGCGCUGGCCAUCUACUGCUGGUGCUUCGACCGGGACGGCAACUUUCGCGUGGCGGACUCGACGACGUUGUUCAACAAGGAUAUGAUCCGGGUGAAGCUGGGGACUAUCAUGACGGCCUUUCCGGAGGCCAAUGCGAAUCGGGCUACGUUGCAGAGCGUCAACAGCUUUCUCAUGGACCAUCGAAGAUGA